GGGUUCGCAGGGAAGAUGCGGCAGAACCGAGGACCCGGGGUGAUUCCGUACAUGGUCACCGACCCUAGCGACGACCCGGUGCGCCCACGUCCGGGCACCCUGCGCUACGGCGCGACGGUACUCGCCGGGAAGGUCUGGAUCACCUUCCAGAGGGGCAUGCACAUCAGGCUGGCGCAGCCGCUCUUCGUCAAGAGCUUUACGGCCAUCGACGCUCGCGGGGCCGACGUGCACAUCGCCGGCGGCGCAGGCAUCAUGCUCUUCCACGUGAACAACGUGAUCAUCCACGGGCUGCACAUCCACGAGUGCCGGUCGCAGCCCGCGGGGCAGGUGGUCGUCCCUGGCGGCGCGGUGCAGUCUGCCGGAGGCAUGGACGGCGACGCCAUCCGGUUGGUGUCGAGCACCAAGGUGUGGAUCGACCACAACACCCUGUCCCGAUGCCAGGACGGGCUCCUGGACGUGACGGUCGGCUCCACGGACGUGACCGUCUCUAACAACUGGUUCUUUAACCACGACAAGGUCAUGCUGCUCGGCCACGACGAUGGCCACGCCGCCGACCGCCGGAUGCGGGUCACCGUCGCGUUCAACCGCUUCGGCCCCAACGUCAACCAGCGCAUGCCAAGGAUUAGGCACGGCUACGCUCACGUAGUCAACAACUUGUACGAUGGAUGGGGAGACUAUGCCAUUGGAGGAAGCAUGGGUCCCAGCGUGAAGAGCCAAGGCAAUAUGUUCGUAGCCUCGGGCCCAGACAACAAGAAGGUGACGCGAAGGAUGCCGGUUGGGGGGAAGGAUUGGGAUUGGGCCUCCAUUGGCGACUCCUUCCAGAAUGGUGCCUUCUUCAAGCAAACGGGUAGCUGGGUGCGGCCGAACUACAACAAGCACCAGGCCUUCCUGGCGGCCAGCGCCAACGAAGUAAGGUCGCUGACCAAGGACGCCGGCGCCCUCAGCUGCAGUUCUGGGUCCGCGUGCUGAUGGAAUGGG